GGAGCCAGGGCAAACUUUCCUGAGACAGGCUCUGAAGGGCCAGGAAGGAGGAGGAGAAGACCCCUGCUCUGUCCUUCUGGGCGAGCUGGAAAGGAAGCCUGGAAAGAACCCUUGGAAGAUGUUGGCCAUGAAGACCUUCUCCCUGCUGGUGGUGUCUCUGCUCCUGGCGGUGGUGCUGGGGGAGAAAGAAGAGGACCACUCCAAGCUGGGGUUCCACUCUAAGGCCAGUGACUCCCAGCCUCGAGCAACCAGGUAUGCUGAGGGCACCUUCAUCAGUGACUACAGUAUCGCCAUGGACAAGAUCCGCCAACAAGACUUUGUGAACUGGCUACUGGCACAGAAGGGGAAGAAGAGCGACUGGAAACACAACAUCACCCAGAGGGAGGCAGGGGCCCUAGAGCUGGCCCAUCAGUCUAACAGGAAGGAGGAGGCAAAGGAGGAGCAGGGCUCCCUACCCAAGAACCCCAGUGAUGAAGAUUUGCUAAAGCUUUUACUGAUUCGAGAGCUGCUGGCCUGGAUGGUGGAUCAGAUGGAGCUCUGCAGGCUCAGGUUUCAGUGACUCUGACCAAACCCAAGCUCAGAACUGGACUCUGCCCUUCAUUUACUCUGCUCCUGCUUCAGUUCCACUCCAAGAUACUCCAAAGAAACCAAACGAAGUUUAAGCUGAAAUAAAUGUUUGUGCUCAUUGU